GGCGCGAGCUAAGCCGGAGGCAGCGGAGGAGGGCAAGGGGCGGGGAGCGCCGCCCGGAGCUCGGCAGGUGAGCGGCGCCUGUACCGGGGUCCCGGCUCGGGGUCCGGGCUGGGGAGGGGAACCUGGGCGCCUGGGACCCGCCGAUGCCCCCUGCCCCGCCCGGAGGUGAAAGCGGGUGUGAGGAGCGCGGCGCAGCAGGUCAUACUGAACAUUCCAGAUACCUAUCAUUACUCGAUGCUGUUGAUAAAAGCAAGAUGGCUUUGAACUCAGGGUCACCGCCAGGUGUUGGACCUUACUAUGAAAACCAUGGAUACCAACCGGAAAACCCCUAUCCUGCACAGCCCACUGUGGCCCCCAAUGUCUACGAGGUGCAUCCGGCUCAGUACUACCCGUCCCCCGUACCCGAGUACACCCCGAGGGUCCUGACGCAUGCUUCCAACCCCGCCGUCUGCACGCAGCCCAAAUCCCCGUCGGGGACAGUGUGCACCUCAAAGACUAAGAAAGCACUGUGUGUCACCAUGACCCUGGGGGCCGUCCUCGUGGGAGCUGCGCUGGCCGCUGGCCUGCUCUGGAAGUUCAUUCGCCUCUAUGGACCAAACUUCAUUCUUCAGGUGUACUCAUCUCAGAGGAAGUCCUGGCACCCUGUAUGCCGAGACGACUGGAAUGAGAACUACGGGCGGGCAGCCUGCAGGGACAUGGGCUAUAAGAAUAGUUUUUACUCUAGCCGAGGAAUAGCGGAUAACAGUGGAGCCACCAGCUUUAUGAAACUGAACACAAGUGCUGGCAAUGUCGAUAUCUAUAAAAAACUGUACCACAGUGAUGCCUGUUCUUCAAAAGCAGUGGUUUCUUUACGCUGUAUAGCUUGUGGGGUCCGCUCAAACUUAAGCCGCCAGAGCAGGAUCGUGGGCGGCCAGAACGCGCUCCCGGGGGCCUGGCCCUGGCAAGUCAGCCUGCAUGUCCAGAACAUCCAUGUGUGCGGAGGCUCCAUCAUCACCCCCGAGUGGAUCGUGACAGCUGCCCACUGCGUGGAAAAACCUCUUAACAGUCCGUGGCAAUGGACGGCAUUUGCGGGGAUUUUGACACAAUCUUCCAUGUUCUAUGUAAAAGGACACCGAGUAGAAAAAGUGAUUUCUCAUCCAAAUUAUGACUCCAAGACCAAGAACAAUGACAUUGCGCUGAUGAAGCUGCAUACGCCUCUGACUUUCAACGAGGUGGUGAAACCAGUAUGUCUGCCCAACCCAGGCAUGAUGCUAGAGCCGGAGCAGCACUGCUGGAUUUCUGGGUGGGGGGCCACCCAGGAGAAAGGGAAGACCUCAGACGUGCUGAACGCUGCCAUGGUGCCUCUCAUUGAGCCGCGGAGAUGCAACAGGAAAUACGUCUACGACGGCCUGAUCACACCAGCCAUGAUCUGUGCCGGCUUCCUGCAGGGGACCGUUGAUUCUUGCCAGGGUGACAGUGGAGGGCCUCUGGUCACUUUGAAGAACGAUGUCUGGUGGCUGAUCGGGGAUACAAGCUGGGGAUCUGGCUGUGCCCAAGCUAACAGACCAGGAGUGUACGGGAAUGUGACCAUCUUCACGGACUGGAUUUAUCGACAAAUGAGGGCAGAUGACUAAUCCUCAUGGUCUUUGUCCUUGACAUCGUUCCACGAGAAAACAAAGCGGCUGGUUUUGCUUCCCCGUGCGUGAUUUACUCUUACAGAUGAUUCAGAGGUCACUUCAUUUUUAUUAAACAGUGAACUUGCCUGGCUUUGGCACUCUCUGCCAUUCUGUGUAGUCUGCAGUGGCUCCACUGCCCAGCCUGUUCUCCUUAGCCCCUUGUCCACAAGGGGUGAUGGCCGGCUGGUUGUGGACACUGGCGGUCAAGCGUGAAGGAGAGGGGUGGAGGCUGCCCCACUGAGAUCUUCCUUUUGAGUCCUUUCCAGGGGCCGCUUUCGGAUGAGCAUGGAGCUGCUGCCUCUCAGCUGCUGGACGGCUUGAGAUGGAAAAGGAGAGACGUGGAAAGGGAGACAGCCAGGUGGCACCUGCAGCGGCUGCCCUCUGGGGCCACUUGGGUAGUGUCCCCAGCCUAGUUCUCCACAGGGGGUUUUUGAUGAUUGGUUCUUAGUGCCUUAGCAGCCCCGGAUGGUGGCUGGAAAUAAAGGGACCAGCCCUUCAUGGGUGGUGACGUGGUAGUCACUUGUAAGGGCAACAGAAACAUUUUUGUUUUUACAGGGUGAGAAUGUAGACAGUGCCCUUGGUGCAAGGGAAGCAAUUGCACAGGCACUUGCCCUGAGCACUCCUGGUGCAGGUCUCCACCUGCACAUUGGGUGGGGCUCCUGGGAGGGAGACUCAGCCUUCCUCCUUAUCCUCCCCGACCCUGCUGCCAGCACCCUGGAGAUUACACAUGCCCCUUGGUCCUGGCAGGGGGCCAAGUCUGGCACCACGUUGGCCUCUUCAAGCCUACUAGUCACUGGAAAUUGAGGUCCAUGGGGGAAAUCAAGGAUGCUCAGUUUUAGGUACACUGUUUCCAAGUUAUGUUUCUACACAUUGCUACCUCAAUGCUCCUGGAAUCUUAGCAUUUGAUGUCUCCAAGUAGUCCACCUACAUUUAACUCUUUGAAACUAUCAUCUUUUUGCCAAGUUUGAGUGGUGGCCUAUUUGAGAUACUUUGACAAAAUGAUUGGCUUCUGACUUUAUGUUCUAUAAAUGAAUGUGCUGAAGGAAAGUGCCCAUGGUGGCGGUGAAGAAGAGAAAGAUGUGUUUUGUUUUGGACUCUCUGUGGUUCCUUCCAAUGCCGUGGGUUUCCAACCAGGGGAAGGGUCCCUCUUGUAUUACCAAGUGCCAUAACCAUGAGCACUACUCUAGCAUGGUUCUGCCUCUUGGCCAAGCAGGCUGGUUUGCAAGAAUGAAAUGAAUGAUUCUACUGCUAGGACUUAACCUUGAAAUGGAAGGUCAUGCAAUCCCAUUUGCAGGAUCUGUCUGUGCACAUGCCUCUGUAGAGAGCAGCAUUCCCAGGCACCUUGGAAACAGGUGGCACUAUAAGGUGCCUGCUCCCCAAGACACAUCCUAAAAGGUGUUAUAAUGGUGAAAACGUCUUCCUUCUUUAUUGCCCCUUUUUAUUUAUGUGAGCAACCAUUUGUCUUUUUUGUAUCUUUUUUAAACUGUAAAGUUCAAUUGUGAAAAUGAAUAUCAUGCAAAUAAAUUAUGCAAUUUUUUUCAAAGUAAUUACUGCAUCUUUGAAGUUCUGCCUGGUGAGUAGGACAAGCCUCCAUUUCCUUGUAAGGGGGUGAUGUUGAGGCUGCUGGUCAGAGGACCAAGGUGAGGCAAGGUCGGUCUUGGCGCUCCUCUGGUUGGUGCCCUCAGUUCCUGAAGCCUGUCCUGUUGGAGAGGUCCCUCAAAUGACUCAUUAUUAUUCUGUUAGUCUGUUGCCAUGCUCCUAAUAAAGACAUACCCAAGACUACAA